UCUGAUCAAGAUAAUGAUGAUCACUAGUAGCAAGCUGAAAUGUGUGUCACUAUUGCUGUCCAUGGUGAUAUUCGCAGUGUUGGUGAGUGAGUGUUCAUCUCAACGUUCCAAGUGGGAUAACAUUCACACCUCCGUAGCGAAUGAUAUCAUUGAUAUGUCAGGAGGAGGUGAACUAAAGAUCCAUUGCAAAUCAAAAGACGACGAUUUGGGAGAACACAGGCUAGCAUAUGGUGCUGAAAUUGCUUGGCAAUUUAAGAUGAAUAUUUGGGAGACAACAAUGUAUUGGUGUAAUAUGUGGGUGAAUGAUGUUUAUAAAGGUGGUUAUCAUAUAUACGAGGCAAAAAGGGAUUGGAUUAGAUGCCAGAACGAAUGCCAUUAUUAUGCUCGUAAUGACGGUCUGUAUGGACUUAUCAGGGAGAAGAAUGACACUGAACUGGUGUAUCGCUGGCCAAACUGAUCGUUGAAAGAGGGUGGUAUAUCACAAACUCGAACGCUCUAUAUGCAGAGCGGAUUACCAGAUUCUCGUCUCUUCAAUUUCUAUCGCUUAUCGCACGAAUGAAUAGUGUUGAUU